UUUUUUUUUUUUUUGCAUCGCUGCGGUUGCGAGUGGUGUUUUCCCCUUUUCACGUCGACGCGGUGAGUGACGUAGGGAGUUAUGGGCGUUUGGGGGACCGCCACAAUAGCCGAUUAACGUCCUUAAAAUGUCUAACAUCUUAAAAGCGAAAUGGAACCGCACGGUUAUAGCCAAGCGAGCCGUGUUUCUCGCUGCUGCAGCAUACGGCGUCAAGACGCUUUACCCGCUCAUCUACAGGCAGCUCUGCAAAAAACAAGCCGAAAACGGAUCUGCGUGCUUGUUCAAAUCCAGUAUAGAUGCAGCGGAUCCAUCCAAGACGUCCCCGGGAGUAAACGCGGAAUUCUUCAAGCAGAUCUUGGAGCUGGCAAAAAUCCUUUUCCCCAAGCUGCUGUCAAAGGAACUGGCUUUGUUGUCAUUGCAUUCUGUGGCGUUGAUCUCCAGGACAUUCCUGUCUAUCUACGUGGCCAGCUUGGAUGGUAAAAUAGUGAAGAGCAUCGUGGAGAAGCAACCGAGGAGCUUCAUCUUACAGCUCGUCAAAUGGCUUCUAAUCGCUAUCCCUGCCACGUUCGUCAACAGCGCCAUCCGUUUCUUGGAAUGCAAGCUCGCCCUGGCUUUCCGCACCCGCUUGGUCAACCAUGCCUACAGGACCUACUUCACAGAACAGACCUACUACAGAGUCAGCAACAUGGACGGGAGGUUGGCCAACCCGGACCAGUCCCUCACAGAGGACGUGCUUAUGUUCUCCCAGUCGGUGGCCCAUCUGUACUCCAACCUCACCAAGCCCAUCUUGGACGUGAUGCUCACUUCCUACACGCUCAUCCAGACCGCUCGCUCCCGGGGCGCCAACGCCAGCGGACCCACGCUGCUCGCCGGCCUGGUGGUCUUCGCCACUGCCAAGGUUCUGCGAGCCUGCUCGCCUAAAUUCGGAAAGCUGGUGGCGGAGGAGGCGCAUCGGAAGGGAUAUUUGCGCUAUGUGCACUCCAGGAUCAUUGCUAACGCAGAAGAAAUUGCCUUUUAUCGAGGACAUACGGUGGAGAUGCGCCAGCUCCAGAGGUGCUACCGCGCUUUGGCCGAGCAGAUGAACCUGAUCCUCUCCAAGCGGCUCUGGUACAUUAUGAUCGAGCAGUUCCUCAUGAAGUACGUGUGGAGCGGCAGCGGCCUUGUCAUGGUGGCGGUGCCCAUCAUCACCGCAACGGGCUUUGCUGACAACGAAACUGCAGAUGGUCACCCACAUCGCAUGGUGAGCGAGAGAACGGAGGCGUUCACCACCGCCCGGAACCUUUUGGCCUCGGGAGCCGACGCCAUCGAGAGGAUCAUGUCGUCCUACAAAGAGGUCACAGAACUGGCAGGGUACACCGCGCGGGUCCACAACAUGUUUGUCGUGUUCGAGGACGUCCAGAGGGGCGUCUACAAGCGCUCGUCACUGAGCGCUGCCAACGGAGGGGAGAAGAAAAGCAAGCCAGAGAUGCACAUCGAGGGCCCUCUGGAAAUUAAGGGUGAAGUGAUUGAUGUGGAGAACGGUAUUGUGUGCGAAGACGUCCCGAUAAUAACACCAAACGGGGAUGUUGUAGUUUCCAGCCUCAAUGUUAAGGUGGAAGAAGGAAUGCACCUAUUGAUCACAGGGCCCAACGGCUGCGGUAAAAGCUCCCUCUUCCGCAUCCUCAGCGGUUUGUGGCCGGUGUACGGCGGGCGCCUUCGCAAACCCUCCCCUCAGCAUAUGUUCUACAUCCCGCAGAGGCCCUACAUGUCUAUGGGCUCUCUUCGGGACCAGGUGAUAUAUCCUGAUUCAGUAGACGACAUGGCUACCAGAGGCCUCGACGACAAGGACCUGGAAGCCAUCUUGGAUAUCGUCAACCUCAACCAUAUUGUCACCAGGGAAGGAGGUUGGGAUGCUGAGCUGGACUGGAAGGACGUGCUAUCUGGGGGCGAGAAGCAAAGGAUGGGAAUGGCUCGCAUGUUUUACCACAAGCCUAAAUACGCCUUGUUGGAUGAGUGCACCAGCGCCGUUAGCAUCGAUGUAGAGGGCAAAAUUUUCCAAGCCGCCAAGGACGCCGGCAUCUCCUUGCUGUCCAUCACGCACAGACCUUCAUUAUGGAAGUACCACACGCACCUGCUGCAGUUCGACGGCGAGGGCGGCUGGCGCUUCGAGCAGCUGGACACGGCCACGCGGCUAUCUCUCACCGAGGAGAAGCAGCGGCUGGAAAGCCAAUUGGCCGGUAUCCCCGAGAUGCAGCAGCGCCUCAACGAACUCUGCAAGAUUUUGGGCGACGACUCGGUGCUCCGAACCGCCGACGAGUAAUUCCGUUUAAAUCCUUAGAUGAUCCCCCCCCCCAAAAAAAAAAAAAAAUAGCAAGCCGGGGGUUCUCGUUAUUUAGUUUUAUCGCAACCCCAACGUGACGGCUCGUUUGUGAACCACUUUAAGCACAGUUAUUGAGGAUGAUUUUUUUUUUUUUUUUUAAUCUCAAUAUUUCAUUUAACAUAGCACUUUACUUUUUUAAGAAUACGAAUAUCAGGGGUGUCAAACUCAUUUAGCUCCACGGGCCACAUUUAUAGCUGUGUUUAAACUAUGACAGUUUAGCAGGGCCGGCCCAGGCCAUUUGGGGGCCCUAAGCAAAAUAAUGCCAAGGGGCCCAUAUUUUUGGCACACCAUUUCGUCACAGUGUACUGUGAAAACCAUACAUGCAAUCCAACCCAUACGUCCAUAUUUUGUAAAUUAAUCAGAUUUUGUUGCACUGCAUACUUCAAACUUCUCACCCCAAAUGAUUGUCAGUAUGCACAGUAGAUAGCGCCGAACCUUUUUCUAAAAGAGGGGGAAAAAAAGAAGUUGAAGAACUUUUAUUUUUUUUAAGCUUGAAAUCAAGUAUCAAAACUCACAAAAGUCAAAUAAAGCAAACAGCGGUAAACAAAAUAGAAUAUAAAUUAAACAAUUGCCAGACUGGGGCCCCCCUAGUGGUCAGAGGCCCUAAGCAGCUGCAUAGUCUGCGUAUAGGCUGGGCCGGCCCUGCAGUUUAGUAUUCUAUACCUAAAUUUUAGUAAUCUGUACCCACAGUUUAGUAAAACUUCAAAUUCACAGCAAAAGGAUGAAAAUAGCAUGUUUAUUACUAGUAGAUUAAUUUCCUGACCCAUGUAUCGAUAAUUUUCAUGAUGUCAUCAUUAUCGUGAGCCUUGAUCGAAAAUCCCUAGUACAGUUUACUGAUCUGAUUAGCUACUGACAAUAUUUUUUUUCUACCCUGGCACCCGGGGGCUCCGUAAUUAUGCGUUCUUUCACUUUAUGCCCCCCACCCAUACCCAGUAUCCCCAUAUCCUGUUACCCAAGCGAGGAGUGACGUAGGUCCUAACUCUGAACUGAGGGAUUUUUGCUUAACUGAACAAACACAAUGCGCUUAAGAGGCCACCCUAAGAGGUCCGCCGAGGAGAAAAGUGGGGGAAAGAUUCCUGGAUUUGCACCAAAAUGUAUUUUACUAGCCCUGUUAUUCUCAAUGAAAAUGUUUUUAGAUAUCCUAAAAUGGGUAAAAAGCUACUUUCUAGUUGCAAUAUCGUGAGGGCCUAAAAGUACUUUUAAAACUAUUCACACUGUGAUGCAUUGAAGUCUCACAGUAAAUUAGAAUUUUCCCGCACUGCUCUUAGAUGGUAGGGACAAAAAAUAUAUAUAUAUGUAAUGCCAUGUGGCUGCUGAUGACUGACAAUCAGUCACACCAUGAAUUUUUGUUGUAAAUCUCUGCGUUUUUAAACAAACUAAAUGCUGCCCUGCUCAGGAUUUUAGCUGCUAGUUUAGUUUCCCACACAAUGUGAGUUUCUUGUUUUAAUGCCGCCGUAUGAGGGUCUAUUUUAAUAAAUCGUCAGGAUUUCCAUGGCAACGUGAUUCCCACGUUUAGAGUGCUGACUGGUGUGUGAGCGUGCCUAUGAAUGAAACGUCGAGGGAUAGGUUGUUACAAAGCAAAUUUAAUCUUAGAAAAUGAAUAUAAAAAUACAUGGAAUUGCUGUUCUUUCCUAGGAUAAAUCAGGAGGGAUUCAUCUGUUUUAAUAAGUUCAAAUGUUGUUCGAACUGUUUGUGUGCAUUUAGUACACAAGUGUAUAGCUGCCACCCAAAAAAAGAUCCAAUAUUACAGUUUUACAUGACAUUUAUCACGUUUUUACAUGAUAGUGUAAUGUAAAAUGGUGCCGGGGGUGAGUAGAUUAGCCAAAUAACAGUAGUGUCACUUCAAAAUAAUAUUGCAAAAGUAGUCAAUUAUCAUGUAGAAACGUAAUUAGCAUGUAACUGGGAUAAUUAUCAUGUAAAAACGUGAUAAUAUCAUGUAAAAACAUUGUUUAUGGGUGGCAGCAAUACGCUUCCAUAUGUUAGUGUUAAUUUCAUGGAUUCAUAAAUUGGUGGUUUUAUCCAUCUAUUCAAUUUCCGGAUCUUGUGCAUGUGUUAGAGAAUAUUUUCGUCUUAAACUGUAUUUUCUUGUAAAUAAAACAAUUUGGUGCAAACAAACAAUGUGUGAUUGCAGCACUCUCAUGUGUCCACACGGUGGCAGCAGACCUUUACAUAUUACUUGUUUCCGUUGUGGCAAUUCCACAAAUUGACAGCUGCCAAGUGUAUACAUAUUGAAUCAGCUAAGACAUGUAGACACUACAAAAAGGCAUAAGUGAUGUUUUAUUUACAAACUGAUGUAGCUUCCAUUUGUUGUAUAUUGUAUAAUGCGAUGAACGUGGAAUUUUGUAUUUUCCCUGACGUGCAGUUUUGUUUUGGUUUCUCUUCUUUUUUUUGGAUUGAAGUAAGGUUGAUUUGUGUUUGGGCCACAUUUUGGCUAGGACGUUUUUGUCUCUAUUAUUCAAUCAAAAAUUAAGUUGCUUCAAAAAAAUAUAUAUUUUCAAAAAGAAAAAUCACUUCAAUUAAAAAAAUGAAAAAUUUCAAUCAUAGAAUAUGGUUUUGAAUGGGAAAAAUAUUUGGGAUUGAAAAAUUUGCAUUUGAACACUUAAUUUUUCAUUGAAGAAGUUUUCUUUGAUUAAAGCAAUCCUUUUUAUGAUUGGGCCAUAUUAUGGGUAGGACAUUUGUGUCUAAAUCAGGC